CCCAGAAUGCCGCCGUCGCAGCCACGGACCACGGAUACCCAUGCCUUCUCCAGCAGUGUCCCGACCUCCCUCUCUUCCAGCUCCCUCUCGUCCUCGUUGUCUUCUUCAAGAGCUUCGUCCGACCUCCUCCCCGCAGCACCACCUUCCAACUCCAGCCAAUCCGAUAUCGCAGCGUCCGAUCGCUCCGUGUCCUCACUGUCCUCGUCCUCAAAGGGCCGGUUCUUUCCCCUGGUCCUUACGUCCGCACCCCCACGCUCGGCCUCUCUCGCUAACAUGGGCCAAGGCCAGUCUCGGCCGACUGUGAGUCCACCACCGCUUUCCCCGGCACCGAGCACGACGUCUAGCACCGGCGGGCGCCUGAAGCGCGCAUGGGCAGGGCGGAGGAAGAAGUCGGAGGACAUAACGGCGCUGUUCUCGAGCUCGCAGCGGAUGGAGAAAUCUGCAUCGGCACCCCCGCCGUCCGCCAUGCCUGAUCUUGGUGAGCCGAGAUUAGAGCGACCCCCGUCUCGUGGAGCGGGUGGGCCGAAGCUUCUGAACCUCCAGAACGUGUUUGGCGGGAAGAGGGCGGCCCAGCAGCCCAAGCCAGGCAAGUCCUCAUCCCCCGUGCCCCCAUCCCCACCGCCAAAGCCUGUGUCCGGGUCAUCAGGACAGCGUAUUCCGUCGUUGGCCCCACCGACCACGCCAGCCAAGGAUGCGCAGUUUACUCCCGCAGCACCCAUACCGAGGCCUUCUACGUCUUCUCGAUCCCCUCCGGAGCAACGGCACUUUCUAGAAGGUCGUGAAGCUACCGCUUCUGCUGUCGCCACGGAGAAGGCUGCCGGGGUGCAGGAGAAGGAGAAGACCAAAGAAGACUGGCGAAAGAGCGACUCGACAAUGGCUAGCCACAGCACCAUCCGGCCUGGUGCUCUCUCGGGCAACCGGUCUCCUCGGCCAGUGUCUCUCGCUGAGUCCUCGCACUCCGCGAACACUAUCGUGGCCCCGGUCAACAAGCGUUUGAGCGCACUGAUCACCGACGCGGAGUUUACUAUGUUCGAGGAAGCAGAUAGCGGCGCUGCGGAUGAGACAGGGUUUCGUCCACCAGCCUCAGGUCGUCCAUCCCCUACUGGCUCGAUGAAGGCACGGAAUAGGCGGUCUGCGUCGCUGAACCUGGGUAACCUGCGUAAGGCAGCACACCAGGACACACCGUCUAGACCCUCUGGCCCGCACUCCCCAGGUCGAAUCAUGAGCGAUAGCCCGCUCGCGUUGUCCCGCGAUACGCCGACCCUUACCCGCGCCGCGGCAGCUGGGAUCAUAGCUCCUGUCAAUGCAGGUGGCUCGGCUCAGGCCACUGGCAACAACAUUCGUGGUCACCUCGCAGCCUGGUCCGCGGUACCCAACCCUCCUCCCGCUACUCGUGCAGAGCGCCCAUUACCUGCACCUCCACCACCACAACCUCGGCGACCACCCGGUGCCCCUCAUCCUCCACCAGUCAAUCCGACAUUCCGUCAAACCGCCGUCAGCAUGACCGGCAGUCUCGCACCGGCCGCUGGCUUCGCAAUGGGUUUCGGGAAACGGGCCGUUGAGAAGGUCGGGCGUGCCUGGGGAGGCUUCAGUUCUAGCGCGUCCAAUCACUCUGGCUACUCCUCGUCUUCUUCUACUGGCGGUGCUUCCACAUCCAGCGUGAAGGUCUCGGACGCUAAUUCUGGCUAUGCUUCGUCGCCUCAAUCCGGACCGUCAGUCUGGAGGGGACGGCGAAAAGCGCCGCACGGAUUUUCCGGCGGGUCGAGCAUAUCGUCGUUCACGUCCACGUCGUCGGAAGACCACUUCAUGCCUUCCGGCCCACAGCUCGGUCGUCGGUUACGUGGGCCGAAACUGUCAAGUUCUGGUGUCAGCAUCGCCGGCGGGUUGGUGUUCAAGCGCGACCUGCCCACAUGCGUCCGCGAGACCGCGAUCGACGACGUGCAGAUAAGGCUUGCUCACGGCGAUCAGGACCUUUUUCCUCAUGUGGGAUUCAAGCCCUUGGAAUCACGACUGUUGCCUGCUCUCGUGGUGCGUUGCGCUCAGCAUAUCCUACGCUGGGGUGUUGAGGAGGAGGGUUUGUUCCGUGUCAGCGGACGGUCGUCGCAUGUGGCCAAGCUGCGCUCGGAGUUCGACGCCGGCGCUGACUAUGACCUUACCGAAUGUGAACCAGGCGAUCUGGACCCACAUGCGGUUGCGUCUAUAUUCAAGACCUUCCUUCGUGAACUGCCGGAGCCGCUUCUGACGAGCGCACUCCUCUCUUACUUCGAGUCGGCGCUAUCGGAAGACUACAGUGGGCAAGAGAGCAACGGGGACGCUUCGCAAACGGCCGAGCCCGCAGCGAAACCGAGGUCCGCUACCAACUUGCCGCUACGGAAGCCUCCAUCGCUAUCGACGCUUGCCAUGCCCUCAUUCGCAGGCCUGCGUGCUCUCUCGGACGCUCAAGUUAACGCGCUGUCUUUCCUCAUCUCCAAACUUCCAGCGGAGAAUCGUGACUUGCUAUGCACGGUCGUUGAACUCAUCAAGGUCACUGCUGCUCGCUCCCGAGAUACCAAGAUGCCGCUCGGCAACCUGCUUCUCGUCUUCUGUCCUAGCUUGAACAUGAGCCCUACUCUGCUCCGAGUGCUUUGCGAGGCUGAUUCGAUCUGGAAUGGCCCUCCGGCAGAGCUUCUCCGUGAAGAACCGCAGACAGUACGCCUAGUCACAGUUGAGAAGGAGGACGAGACAAGCCAGGCGAAGUCGGCAGCACCAGUCAUCGACUUGCGGCUCCCAGUCAUCGAGCUCGACGACGCGGAACCCAGUCCUCAGGAAGACAGCCCUGGGGAUGAUGCUGUUUCUUUCGUGUCGGCACUAGAGCCCUGUUCAUCCGGCCCAACGCGAUCCCCGAGUCCCGCUGUGUACAGCAGUCCGAUUCCUCCCCUCUCGUCAUCCGACUCCCUCGACUCAGCGUCGUUUUCGGACGAGCUGGCGUCGCCUGAACCUACACCUUGCAAGGCUGCUAGUGCAAGUAAAUCGGAUAUCGGGUCGACGCAUUCGCUCACGAUUCCCGAGACGACGGACCUAUCCCUUCCUGCCACACCUCGCCUCAUCACCGCCCCCGUCCCUUUCCCUUCCGCAGGUGGCAGCGUCCCGACUACCCCCUCCGGCCAUGCACCCCUCUCCCACCGCAAAUCGUAUACCCUUCUCUCCUUCCCGCAUCUCCGCUCGGAGUCGAGCCCCGAGGUACUCUGCAACGCGCAAGGCAAGCGGCAGAAACGUCCGUCGCUUCAUCUGCUCUUCUCGAAGAAAUCAAGCUCUUCACUUCCGUCGGGUUCAGACUCUACGAGCCCAUCGGUCGCCGCGGUGUAUCCCAGUAGUGGGAACAUUCGCAUCAGCGCUCCGAGGCCAAUCGUUACGCAUGUCGCUAGCUCGCCGCCACGCCUCGACACUACGAUAUCCUCUUCGCCUAUCACUCUGGCCUUCGAGGAAGCCGCCAACCAGAUGAAGGGCAAAGAUACGACGCGGUCUGCUCCCCCCAUGGUGCACGACGGAGGUCUAGAAGCACCGGCUCUGAACAUGCGUUCGGACUCCGGGAGUUCUUCGAUCUUCUCAACACCUCAAUCGACGCCUAUCGCCGACUUCUACCGCGGUCGUACGACAUCGCUCUACGUCCCCGAGACUUCUGGCGAGCACGAGCUGCCCACAAGAGCACGAUCGGCGACACAGGUCUCUGAGACCCCAUCUCUGAGGAUCAGCGUCGCGGACGCGCAGCAGGAUGACUGGAUGCAGAGCGUCCUGCUCGCCGCCCAGGCCGGAGGGAGCACAAAGUCGUCCUGAAGUCCCCUCUAGCGGGCUGUAUGUUGCACAUAGUUUAGUUUGAGGCCGGAUCAGCCAUCGUCGCCGUCGCAGGCGUGCGGUUGCGUGCGUUCCGGCAGACCACCAUUCCCCCGCCUCGUUCUCCAUAUGUUCUGGUCAAACAUGGACAUGUCGUUCUUUUGCUUAGGUACCACGAUCAGUCUCCGUACCGUCUUGUUGCUCCACACGCUGUCUCCCGCCUCAUGGUCGCUCAACUUCAAACUCUCAUCACGUCGCAUCACCAUUUUACCUAGCGUAUCGUAACGUCUGUGUCGUCUUCACGCGCCCAGCUUAUGACAGUAAUACUAUUACAAUCU